GCAGAGCCAACAGCACAUGUCCUAAGGUGGGAGGUGGGUGAAUAAUUCUGUCACAAAUGAGCUGUCCUCCUGAACUCAGCUGCCAGCCUCUAUCUGAAAAGGACUAAGACACUUCACAACAAUUGUCUCACUUUGCAAAGGAACGUGAGAUUGCUGGGACUUAGCCAUUUUGGACGCUUUGCUGCUACCUGAAAGGUGGCCCUUACUGCUAAUGGAGGAUUUCCCAGUAUCCUUGGAUUUUUUGAAGCAAGUACCUCUGCCCAGCAAUCUCUUCUUCCUCACCUACCUUCUCCUUUUCCUUCAACAUGAGGAGGCAAAUUCAGAGGAGGUCAAGGUGAUAGGCCCUGGGGAAUCCAUACUGGCCAUUGUCGGGGAAGAGGUGGAUUUCCCGUGCCAAUUGUCACCGCUCCUGAACGCUGAAGACAUGGAGAUCCACUGGUUCCAGAGCCAGCCCUCUGAUGUAGUGCACCUGUACAAGGGGCGGCAGGAGCUCUUCGACCGACAGAUGGCGCAGUUCCAAAACAGGACCAAACUCGUCACGACGGAGAUCAGCUCUGGCAAAGUCGUCUUGCUGCUCCGCAGCGUGGUUCCAUCAGACGAGGGCCUGUAUGGAUGCAGCUUUCUCUCCAACAACUUCUCUGGUGAAGCCAUCUGGGAGCUGGAGGUAGCAGGGCUGGGCUCAGAUCCACAUAUCUACAUUGAAGGCUUUAAGGAAGGAGGCAUUCAGAUGAGAUGCACCUCCAAUGGCUGGUACCCCAAACCCAAAGUUCAGUGGAAAGAUCACCAGGGACAGUGCCUGCCACUGGAGUCUGAAGUCAUUACCCAAGAUGUCAAGGGCUUGUUCAAUCUGGAAACAUCUGUGGUUGUCCAAGGUGAAGCCCAUCGCAACAUGUCUUGCUCCAUCCAGAGCCCUCUGCUGAUCCAGAAGAAAGAAUUUGUGGUCCAGAUAGCAGAUGUAUUUCUUCCCGGAACUUCCCCUUGGAAGAGUGCUUUCUUAGGAACCCUGGUGGCACUGCCGCUACUCCUGGCCCUCCUCGCGAUGCUGGCGUUGUACUUCUUGCACAAGCAACAGCAGUCUCAAGAAAAGCUAAAGAAACAGACAAAGAAGGAACAAGGAAAACUGACUGCACAGCUGAAGAAGCUUCAAACCGAGCUUGACUGGAGAAGGACUGAAGGUCAGGCUGAGUGGAGGGCAGCACAACAAUAUGCAGUGGACGUGACCUUGGAUGCAACCACAGCGCACCCCAGCCUGGAGGUUUCUAAGGAUGCCAAAAGCGUUUCUUCUCGCCCAGUGGUACCGAUUCUUGCAGAUGGUUGUCCACAAAGGUUCACUGAGCAAACGUGCGUCCUGAGCCGGGAGCGCUUCUCCACAGGCCGCCACUACUGGGAAGUGCACGUGGGCCGAAGGAGCCGCUGGUUCCUGGGCGCCUGUCUGGCAACUGUGCAACGCUCAGGACCCGCGCGCCUGAGCCCGGCUGGUGGCUACUGGGUGAUGGGGCUGUGGAACAGCUGCGAGUACUUCGUCCUGGACCCACACCGUGUAGCGCUCACUCUGCGCGUCCCUCCGCGGCGCGUGGGCAUCUUCCUGGACUGUGAGGCGGGAAAGCUGUCCUUCUUUAACGUGUCCGAUGGCUCCCAUAUCUUCACCUUCACAGACACCUUCUCAGGGGCUCUCUGCGCAUAUUUCAGGCCCAGGGCCCACGAUGGUGGAGAACACUCUAAUCCACUAACCAUCUGCUCUUGGCCGGCUAGAGGGACGUGCGUCCCAGAAGAGAACGACUUGGACUGCCUGUUACAGCCUUAUGAUCCCUUGGAUACCGACUUAGGUCUGUGGUGAGGCUCUCGCCCGGUUGCAAGACCAGGCCUGGGAAGCUUCCUGGGAAUGAAGGUUACUCCUUUGCUCUCUGGCUUCCUCUAUAGCCAACAAAUUGGCACCGACUAAAAUGUGAGCAAAGCCUAAAGGCUCAGAGCAGCGGAGGGGGAACAAGAGGUAGGAGUACAUUUGCCUAUGCAGAUGUGUGUAUAUAGUUUUCUUUAAGAGGCACUUUCAAAGAUUAUUUGCAUAUAAGAUUCAGCUAAUGAGUAAAAAUAUAAUCGAUAACACAUGGGAACCAGAGUACUCAAUGCGGGAGAUGGGAAAGGAAUUGUAAUGGGGGAACUGGGAUGAGGUAUUGUGGGACUAGAUUCGAAGUAUUGAUUAUUUCAUAUAAUUGGCACAUACUUUUUGUAUAAAUUUGCUAGCUCUACAAAAAUUUAUCAGUAAUGACACCUCAUAAGUAAUAAGUUCACCUAUGGCUCAGAUCCUAGCUUUAAAUACUAUUUACGACUAAAAUAAAUUUGGAGAAAUGGCUGAUUCCAAGGGUGGGUAGAGGAAGUACAAAAGCCUGUACCAUCUUGGUGUACAAAGUAAAUUAAAAAAAAAAAAAAAAAAAAAAAAA